AUGGCGAGAGGCACGACAACAGUCACGUCUCGCACCCAACCCACCGAGACCAUAUCAUUUCCCGUGUUGACCUAUAGCGACGCCUUGCCCCGGAACGACCUUCGCAAUCUUGACGAUCACCCUUCAAAACGUCUAACCCGGGCUGGGAUUGUUGGACAAUGGGACUUCCGACAACCCUCUCCAGUAGAGGGGUGGUUUAGAAGACCACCGCCAGGCCCUGGUGCGAAUUUCGACUUUCAAGUGACAUCGCCACCGGAUGAAGUCAUUCCAUCUAGCAACGGACCGACCGAGCAGUAUAUGAUAGGAGUUGCACUGGGUAGCCCCGGCAUGAUCAACGAAGAUGAACCUUUACCGCCGCCUCGGUUCGAUACAGCAAUCUUCGAGCCAGAGCGAAUGACACAAAGCCCCCAAGCUUACAAACAGAGCAAGUGGAAGAAGAUUGGGGGACUGUUCAAGGCAAAGAAUACACUUACAUCGCCAUCAAAUCAACUACAUGGAAGCUUGGCUCAGCAACCCGAGAAGUCCAACAAGCCCAAGGAAAGGAAUAAUUCUUUGGAAGAGUGGCCGGCUUUUGAGGUAGACCCUAAGGCAAUCAUGGGCGGCAUUAAUCAAAGCCCUCCACGUCCUCGGAAAUUUUCACUGAGCGGGAGGAAAGCGCCUCCAGAGGAACCACCCGUUCAAAGGCCCUUGCUGAGUGUCGACAUCCCGGAUAUCCAAAUGGAGCGAUAUAGUGUCAUGUUCAGCGACGUUGUCAACAAGAACGAGAGACCUUCACUGCUGGCCAGAAGGGCAAAGACAUUGGACAAUCUCCGUGUCCCGGACGCAAAUGGAUUUCUGAAAGCGCCUGUGCCACCUCCAAUGCCGCAACGCCGGGCAACGUCGCCCGCGAGAUCUAGCUUCACCUUAUUCCCGAGCUCACAGCCGUCCAAGGCGGCUCAGUUACUCGGCACGCAGAACUUCUCUCGCGGCCCAGGCCCUCUAAUCAGGUCCAAUACGUUGCCUGUCGAAAGUCCGUCUAAGGCAUCGGCAAACCACUCUCGCAACAGCUCGAACAUCAACAGCACGUCUUUAUUCGAGUCACCUCUUAUUCCGAGAUUAAAUGAGCGCUCGAGUUCAAAUACCCCGCGAUCAUCUAGCAGCCUAGAUAAACCUCUUCCCGCAAUCAAGCAUGAGCCACAGGCUUCCCACCAGCAGCGAAUUGUUCAACCACCGAAGAACAUUCUGUCGCCGCAGAAGUCUCGAUCAAACUCGUUCGCAAAACAGCAAAAAAGUGCUCACCCUGUUCACCCAAAGCAGGAUCAACAGCCAUGGAAGAUUACACAUCCACCAAGAAAAGACUCUCAACCGCAGACAGGGCAAAGGCCACCUCAGGUGGCCUCCCCACAGAACCCACAGAAGCAGAGCACACAUCACCGUGUCGACCACAGACCAGACAACCACAAACAAGACCACCCGGCCCGACCACGUCUCCGAGUCCAAACUGAGGCUCGACCACAACCCCCAGCCAAAGACAAUACCACAAGCGGCACAUCUCUAAGCCCACCAUCAACACUAAAUGCCACCCACCAAAAGAUCGACCGAAUCAUGUCCCCAGCUUCAGCCUCCCCAGCGACGAGAUUGGGCAUUUCCCCAGCAGAUUCCACGCGCCUGCCCUUUGCGGAUGCCGAUGGUGCCAUUGAAAUCAAUGAACAUGAAGAGCCCGAGUUAGAGCAGGAACCACCUCGGACAAUUCCGCGAGUUGAGGUCUCGAUUGCUCGCUCGAUAUCGGUUUCUAGGGGAAAGCGCCAGAUGCUUGUUCCUAUCGGGGCCAAGGUUGAACAUUUCGAUCCUGAUGAGAGGUUUGUGCAGAGGAGAGUCUUGACGCCGCAGAUUAUGGAUGCUCAUCGGGGUCAUCGGCCUGGAGCCCGAUUUGCGUCACCUCCCUUCCUGGUCGGUGUUUUCUUUAACUCGGCGAUUCACGCUUUAGUGUACUCGUACUUUGCUUGGACAUCCCUUGGUUUUCCGGUCUUCGGCUUCAUCAAACAGAUUUUGACGGCUCUUGAAAUUGCACAAUUCCUCGUCGGUGGUGCCCUCAUCUGGGGCUAUCUCUUUAUUGAGUACGAUACCCUGAUCUAUCGCCCCGGAGGUCUUGCUGGAGGACUACCGUCAACAAUUUCUGAAAGCAAGGAUGCCUCAUAUUCUAUGCCAACGGUGCCUAGCGCUCUAGGGGGUCAUGGGGUUAGUCCCCACCUCCAACAUCUUCGAGGUCACUUUCAAGUCCAGAGGAUUCCCUGUCUAAAGAGCAGUGGAGAGGCAUUGGCGGUUUGUUUAACGACUCUCUAUUUAAUUCCACUGACAUAUCUUUUCAUGGGCUUGUUCCGGCACUCAUAUCUGAAACGAGCCAAGCGUCCCAAAAAAUAG